GCACCGUAACAAGUGCCUACACCACAGCCUUCCAGACACCGCAAGCAUGGAGUACAUCAAGCCACCGGAGCCUCUGGGCCUCUCAACCAACGGGGGAAGAACGUGGAAGCUCUUCCGGCAAAAAUUUGAUUUCUUUUUGGCAGCCACGGAGUGCACUGAAAAACCGAGGUCAGAGGCAGCAAAAACGGCCCUUUUCUUCAGCGUGGCUGGUGACGAGGCGCUUGAAGUGUACAACAACCUUACGUUCGAUGAAGGCGAAGACAAGCAGGACUAUGACACGGUGGUGGCCAAGCUCGAGAAAUACUACGUCGAGCAAGAGAACACAAUUCAUGAGCGUUACGUCUUCCGGUCUCGACUACAGAGCGAAGCUGAACCCUUCGAACAGUUCCUCCGCGCAUUGAAGAAGCAGGCGCAGUUUUGCAAGUAUGGAACAAUGAUGGACGAGAUGGUGCGCGACCAAAUUGUGUUCGGUACAUACUCGCCGAAGCUACGGGAGAAGUUGCUCAGGGACAAGGGCCUUACGUUCGACAAAGCCGUGGGUUUAUGCAAGGCGGCGGAAACAUCAGCACGUGAGAACUCGCUGUGGCGGAAGACUGACGGAGAGCUUCACGUCCUUGCAGCAUUGUCGAGCCGAAGCUUCAAAUGUUCCCGCUGCAGCCGGUCCCAUGCCGCACGGCGCUGUCCAGCCUACGGGAAAACUUGCUACUUGUGCAAGGGGCGUAACCACUUUGCGUCAUGCUGCCAAUCAAGCGGAGUCAUCUGCGAGGUAAAGGACGAGAGGAAGACGCCAUACCAAAACGACGACUUUGAUGUUUUGGACGUCACCAUCGGAAACAUUAGCAGUGACCGGGACUGGAUCAUGAAAGCAAAUAUUGCAGGCAAGGACAUCGACUUCAAGAUCGACACAGGGUCCCAAGCAAACUUGAUGCCGCUGAGCAACGACACCGUUCGCAUAAGGGGAAAGACAUGGAUAAGAAAAGCCAAGGUUCUUGGAUCAGCGGGGCCUCGUUCCCUCCAUGUGCGAACAGAAGACCGGAACAUCCUGCGCCGCAAUCGGCAGCACCUCUUGGCAACGAGCGAGCAUUUUGAGGACACCUCCGACGAAGAAGAUUACGACGAAGAGCAGGUACCUGCCUCUGUAGAAUCUCCCACGUCCGGCUCGUCCACGACAGUGCCAGGUUGUCCGCAACCACCUUUGCAGCCAGUUCUACCGCAGCGAAGGUCUCAGCGUCAAGCACGUCGUCCGGAUCGUCUGGGAUACGAUCAAAACUUUCAGCAGAUAAGUCAACGACGUUGAAGGGGAAGAUG